AUGGAGUUGACCGUGGCGGAGGCCUCUGGUCUCAUCGCUGCUGGUGUUUUUGUCCUGCAGGUUUUGCUUCCUCUUGCUAUUCCAUGGGCUCUUAUUGCUUUUCUGUCGAAUGAAAAUUCUAUUCUCACGUGGACUGUCCUUGGCCGUACCCUGCAUUCAUCACUCUGGCCGAGUAUUCUCAACUCGAGCAGUGCAGAGACAGCGGGAGUUCCAUGGCGCAUUUAUUUGACAUCGUGGGGCCAGACUAUUUUACUGUUUGUGCUAUCGGUCGCUGCCAUCUGCUCGCCGCUGGGGCUUUACUCGUCUAUUGAGCCCGCCGGGUCAUCCACCGAGAAACCGUUCCAUUAUAUCCCCGAUAAAUCUGCCUUUGGGUAUGGAACGCCAUCUCGCAGUUCUGGACCGUUUACGCGGUUUUGUGGACUUGAAAUUUCGUGCCCGGGGACGACCCUUAAUCAAACAUGCGAGACUAGAGGAUUGACGGAGGUUUGCAAUAAUACUGUCUACGAGAGCCGUGUUCCGCAGGAUUUAAUGACAGUCUUCAACAAUGGCGCGGCUUCUAUUGGUCCCACAGUCUCUAGUAUAUUCGAUAUCCAGUAUCGGAUGUACAGGAACUCGACGGACCCGUACAGCAUUCUGUCGUGGUACACGAAGCCAGAUUACCGGACCAUGUCUACCAUCAUUCUAGAAGACAAGAUAAAACUGGUGGAAGGGCUAGUUACUGAUCUCGAGCAUGGCGGAAUUGGAUUUCGCAAUCACACUGCACCAAACGCGACUCUGAAGUAUGGGGCUACCUGGACGGAGGACAUUUUAUUCAUUGAGCCAGAGACAGAAUGCGUCUCUCUGAACCUGAGCAUCAACGCCGUCACGCCGCCGUGGAAUUUCAAUGAACGAUAUCUGCUGAAUAUAUCUCUUGUUGACGAGGGGGGAUUCGCUGCUCUGCCCCGGACAGUGCCGGCGAUUGCUCGGUCAGGAACCGUCAACGGACAGAAUAGAUUUGACUUGAAAGAACGAGCGUCCAGGGCAGCGUGGGUGAACAACUACUACACCAUGUUAUUCUUGAACCUGACAGAUCGUGACUCGAAAUCUAUCACUCGCGUCGACUCAACCCAGGGGAAGAGAUUUGAUCUCGGGGAUGAUAAAAGCAAUAACUUCACCAUUGCCUUCUCUGCUAUUCAAACCAACAUCAACUUUGGGUCGUAUCUGAACCUGACUACUAAUCAUAGCCAGAGUUCGAAUCCGCAUAAUGUUACUGCUAUCGACUUCGACACCGCAUCCAGGGCGUGCGGCGGCACAACCAGCCAAAGUCCAUCCAAUAUCAACAGUUCUUUGAUCGCCUGCGGCCUCGUUCUAGGGGCUGCGACGCGGAUAGAUGGAGGCGACGACCUUAUCCUAGACCCGGACACCAGAUGGAAGAUUCCACUAUACUCAUGCGCGACAGCCAUGAAAGCAAGUAUAAAGACCGCCGAGUUCCAAUACAACGGAACAGGGCUGGACGCACUCAAAGUACGAUCACUAAAGCCUAAAAAGUACGACGAUACCAGCCUCCCGGUCUGGGGCGUUGAAAGUCUACCACGGCAGAGCAUCGACACGGCACCUCCCAUGUGGGGGAUUGUCAGUCCUGGUGCAACUACCGCCGAGUCUACUCUCGACCACUACAACAUCUCUUCAAUCACAGCAGAAAGCCUUUAUCUCCCGGGAUACAUGGACCAGAACUACCCCCUGCUCCGCGGUCUCAAUUCCGUACCCUUAGGAACCGGCCAGAAUCUCCCUGGAGUUGAGUUUUAUAACCAGGCGCUGAUGACAGCAUACACGAUCGGCGCCGCAGGAUUCAACGCCGAGGCAGACUACUCUGGCGCCCGCAGUCUGGCGCUGUAUGCCAAGUGGCAGCGGCUGUUGAAGUCUGCAGAUGGAGCUGCGUCUAUCAUCAACCUCGUCUGGACGGACAUUGCGACUAAUGCCGUUGUUGGGACGAAGGGAUGGGGAUUGGAUGCUGCUGCUUCGAGACUCUCGCUAUCGUCGGCAGUAGACAGUGUCCCAGUAUCAUCGAAUACAAAUGUCCCAGUUACUGUGUAUGAUAGCCACAUCCGCUACCAUAUCCCUUAUGCGGUCCCAGCCUUCGUCACGCUGGGCGCUACCACGAUUCUCCUAGGCUUGCUUAUCGCCUUGUUGAUUAUGAGACGAACUGGACUGAAGCGACUGCGGGUGUUUCUUGAGUCGACCACUAUUGGAAGAGUUCUCUCUCCGUUUGUCCAGUCGGAUGCUACAUCUGAAACCAGCUCUUCGAAAGACUGGGUGAAGCGCGUUGGCCAGCAGAAGGUCAUAAUUACGCCAGACUCUAUCACAGUAGACUCGGUGCCUCUUGGCCCUCAGAGUCCUGCACUUGAAUCUGAAGUUGGAUCUGAAGUGGAUGCGGAAGUUGAAGUUGAAGCUGUAGAGCGGCCAGGAGUGGAAGAAACCAAGCCUCAAACCUCCGUAAACACUAUGUAG